AUGGAUAAUGACAGUGAUACUAGUUUUCAUUCAUUUGAUUUUGAGUUUAUUGACGAAGAUGAAGCAAAGUUAAAUGGAUUAUAUACAAUGGGGAGCAAACAAAAAAGAUCAGUAAAUAAAGAACGUGAAAAUUUUAUGGAAGGUUACUCUGCACCUCCUCUUAGAAGGAAUAAUUAUAUUCCAGUGGGAGAAGAUUUUGUAAAACUAUUCGAAGAAUAUACUUAUCCAACAAGAGAAAUGGAAGUAAAAUCUUUCUCUCAGCCUCAAUUUGUAGCAGCUCAGGUGAACAGGGUUAAAGGGUUUUUUAUUCCCAAAACAGAAAUUACUUUCGUUUCCGCAAAACUUAGAAAAGCUGUACAGGAGACUGGAGUUGUUCCGAAGAAAAUGUGCAAUUAA